GAGGACCAGAAAGCCAUGAGAGGCAAUGUGGUGGUCUUCAAGUGCAUUAUCCCUGCCUCAGUGGAGGCCUACAUCACCGUUGUGUCCUGGGAGAAAGACACAAUGUCAAUCAACGCUGAAAUGUCACGGUUUCUCAUCACAUCCACGGGAGCCCUGUAUAUCCUGGAUGUGCAAAUGGAAGACGGGCUGUACAACUACAGGUGUAUGACGCGCCAUCGAUACACAGGAGAAACCCGACAGAGCAAUAGUGCCCGCCUCAUUGUCUCAGAUCCCACAAACUCAGCGCCCCAUAUCCUGGACAGCUUUGAGCGUCGUGAGGUGAUGGCGUCUCAUCGAGUGGAGUUACCCUGCAAGGCCUCUGGUCACCCCGCACCCAAAUACCGCUGGCUAAAGGACAACCGGCCGCUGGAGCCCGACACACGCUUCAGACAGAGUGUGACAGGCCUGCUGAUAGAGAGAGCCCAGCCCAGCGACACGGGCUCAUAUGUGUGUGAGGUGUGGAACGGCUACGGAAAUGCUGAAGUGGUUGGAAGGCUGCUGGUGAAAGAGCCCCUGAAGGUAGUGGUGAGCCCACGGAAGGUGAAGGGCAGUGUUGGGAGCCAGGUUUCACUGUCCUGCGGUGUAACCGGCUCUGAGGAGUACCAGCUGUCCUGGUAUCGCAACGGAGAGCUCAUCUACCCGAGUAACAGCGUCCGCAUGACAGGCCAAAACAGGGAGAACCUAGUCAUGGCCGGCAUGGCCAAGAGCGAUGGAGGAGCCUAUCAAUGCUUUGCCCGACAUGGAAAGAUGUCUGCACAGGACUUUGUUCAGGUCAUACUGGAAGAUGGGACCCCCAAAAUUCUGACAUCAUUCAGCGAGAAGGUCUACAACAUCAACGAGUUCGUAUCGCUGUCGUGCACGGUGAAGGGCACGCCGGAACCUCGGGUGACGUGGACUCUGGAUGACGAGCCAGUGGUACGGGACAGCCGCCACCGCAUCUCUCACUACACCAACGCUGAGGGCCACGUGGUCAGCCACCUCAACAUCAGCCAGACCCAGGUCCCAGAUGGAGGGGUGUACCGCUGCAUCUGCAACAACUCGGCCGGGACCGUUUCCUACCAGGCGCGAAUAAACGUAAGAGGGCCUGCCAGCAUCAGACCAAUGAAAAACCUCACUGCCAUCGCUGGGCGGGACAUGUACAUCCACUGCCGUGUCAUUGGCUACCCGUACUACUCCAUCAAAUGGUACAAGGACUCCAAUUUGCUGCCGUACAACCACCGCCAGCGGGCCUUUGAGAACAACGGCACCCUGAAGCUGUUUGAUGUGCAAAAGGAUGUGGAUGAAGGAGAGUAUACGUGCAACGUGCUGGUGCAGCCUCAGCUCUCCACACACCAGAGCGUCUAUGUUACUGUGAAAGUCCCACCUACCAUCCACCCGUUCGAGUUCCCUCGCUUUUCCAUCGGCCAGCGAGUGUUCAUCCCCUGCGUGGUCAUGUCCGGCGACCAGCCAGUCUUCAUCACCUGGCAGAAGGACGGGCGGCCAAUCCCAGCCAGUCUGGGCGUCACCAUCGACAACAUAGACUUCACCAGCUCCCUCCGUAUCUCCAACCUCACGCUCAUGCACAACGGCAACUACACCUGCAUUGCACGCAACCAGGCCGCAGCUGUGGAGCACCAGAGCCAGCUCAUCGUCCGAGUUCCUCCCAAAUUUGUGGUGCAACCGAAGGACCAGGAUGGCAUCUAUGGAAAAGCUGUGAUACUAAACUGCUCAGCUGAAGGCUAUCCUGUUCCUACCAUCCAGUGGGAGUACUCUAAAGGCGCCGGGGUCCCUCAGUUCAAACCCAUCGCCCUCAACUCAGGCUUUCGGAUCGAGGUGCUGGUCAACGGCUCUCUGCUCAUCAAACACGUUCUGGAAGAAGACAGCGGCUUCUACCUGUGUCGAGUCAGCAACGACGUCGGGGCCGAUGUUAGCAAGUCCAUGUAUCUCAAUGUCAAAAUCCCUGCCAUGAUCACAUCCUACCCCAACACCACGCUGGCCACGCAGGGUGAAGAGAAGAAGAUGAGCUGCACGGCUCACGGUGAGAAGCCCAUCAUGGUGCGCUGGGAGAAGGAGGAACGCAUCAUCAACCCUGAAACCAGCCGCUAUGUGGUUUCUUUCAAGGAGGUGGGCGAUGAAGUCAUCUCCACUCUGCAGAUCAUGCCCACAGUAAGAGAGGACUCUGGCUUCUUCUCCUGCCAUGCCAUCAACUCCUUUGGUGAAGACAGAGGAAUCAUACAGCUCACAGUACAAGAGCCCCCGGACCCCCCAGAGGUGGAGAUCAGAGAAGUGAAGGACAGGACUAUCGCCCUGCGUUGGACCAUGGGUUUUGAUGGCAACAGUCCAAUCACAGGCUUUGAUAUUGAGAGCAAGAAUAAAUCAGCCUCCUGGGAUACAGCUCAGAAGACCAAAGACGUUUCACCUCAGCUCAACCAGGCCACCAUCAUCGACCUACACCCCUCCUCCACCUACAACAUCCGCAUGUUCGCCAAGAACCUGAUCGGCAAGAGCGAGGCCAGCAACGAGCUCACCAUCACCACCGAUGAAGCAGCUCCUGAUGGACCACCUCAGGAAGUACAGCUGGAAGCCCUCUCCUCUCAGAGCAUCCGUGUCAGUUGGAGGUCACCCAAGAAACAUCUCCAGAAUGGGGCUAUCAGAGGCUACCAGGUGGGCUACAGGGAGUACAGCUCAGGUGGAAACUACCAGUUCAGCGUGAUCAGCGUGGAGACAACGGGGGACAAUGCAGAGAGUCUGGUGCUGGACAACCUGAAGAAGUUCACCCAGUACGGAGUGGUGGUGCAAGCCAGCAACAGCGCUGGGACAGGGCCGUCCUCCACAGAGGUGGCUGCUACCACGCUGGAGGACGUGCCCAGCCGUCCUCCAGAGAACGUCCAGGCAUCAGCUACGUCUCCAGAGGUCAUCUCUCUAUCAUGGCUGACCCCUCCCAAAGACGCUCUGAACGGCAACCUGCUGGGCUUUAGGGUCAUCUACUGGGCCAACCUGCCUGAUGGAGAGCUCGGAGAGAUCAGGAACGUGACGACCUCUAAACCCUCUCUGGAGCUGGAUGGGCUGGAGAAGUACACCAACUACAGCAUCCAGGUGUUGGCCUUCACCCGAGCCGGUGACGGUGUUCGCAGCGAGCAGAUUUACACCCGUACCAAGGAGGACGUUCCUGGUCCUCCGGCGGGUGUGAAGGCAGCAGCCGCUUCUAACUCGGUGGUGUUCGUGUCCUGGCUUCCUCCUCUCAAAGUGAACGGCAUUAUCAGGAAAUACACUGUGUUCUGCUCCAACCCACACCCCACGGUGAGCAGUGAGUUUGAGGCCGCCCCAGAUGUGUUCUUCUACCGCAUCCCCAACCUGAGCAGGAAUCGGCAGUAUAGCAUCUGGGUGGUGGCCGUCACCGCCGCGGGUCGUGGAAAUGCCAGCGAGAUCAUCACCGUUAAACCCAUGGCUGAGGCUCCAGCUCGAAUCCUGACUUUCAACAGGACUGUAACGACCCCCUGGAUGAGGGACAUCGUGCUGCCUUGUAAGGCAGUGGGUGAUCCAUCACCAACCAUCAAGUGGUUAAAGGAGAUCAAUGGAACCCCGGCUCCUGUUGUGAUCGACAGCCGGCGCAGCGUCCACGGUAACGGCAGCCUGGUGAUUCGCACGGUGAAAGCAGAGGAUUCUGGGAACUACACUUGUGUGGCUAGUAACAGCUUCGGGUCUGACAAGAUCGUCCUCAACCUGCAGGUUCAAGUUCCACCUGAUCAGCCUCGCCUCACAGUGACCAAAACAACCACCACCUCCAUAACUCUGUCCUGGAUCCCUGGAGACAACGGAGGCAGCUCCAUCAGAGGCUACAUUCUGCAGUAUUCAGAGGAUAACAGUGAGCAGUGGGGGAACUUUCCCAUCAGUCCCAGUGAGCGCUCCUAUCGUCUGGAGAACCUCAAGUGUGGCACCUGGUACAAGUUCACCCUCACUGCCCAGAAUGCAGUUGGGCCCGGACGCAUCAGUGAGAUCAUCGAAGCAAAGACUCAUGGGAAAGAACCUCAGUACUCCAAAGAACAGGAGCUCUUCACUAGCAUCAACGUCACUCGCGUCAAGCUCAACCUGAACGGCUGGAACAACGGCGGGUGCCCCAUCACCUCGUUCACCCUGGAGUACCGCUCAGUGGACGCUCCCACCUGGACCACGGCUCAGCGCACCUCCCUCACCAAGAGCUACAUCCUGUACGACCUGCAGGAGGCCACCUGGUACGAGCUGCAGAUGAAAGUCUACAACAGCGCCGGCUACGCUGAGAAGAGAGUGAAGUUUGCGACGCUCAGCUACGACGGCAGUACCAUUGCACCCUUGGUGAAGGCACCCAAUGUGAGUGAGGACAACCCUGGUGGAGGCGAAGGAUUGAAGAUGAUGGUGACCAUUUCCUGCGUGUUGGUGGGCAUCGUUGUGAUCUUCAUCGGGCUGCUAGUGCUGAGGAGGAGGAGGAGGGAGCAGAGGCUCAAGAGGCUCAGAGAUGCAAAAAGUUUGGCUGAGAUGCUGAUGAGUAAAAACACACGUCCAGCAGAGCCAAUUAACAAGCAGCAACAAACGCUCCGAAUGCACAUCGACAUCCCCAGAGCCCAGCUUCUCAUUGAGGAGAGAGACACCAUGGAGACCGUUGAUGACAGAUCUACUGUGUUACUGACUGAUAAUGACUUCGGGGAGACACAGAAGCAGAAAUCAUCCACAGUCACCCACACCGUCCACUACCAGUCCCUCUCCCAGGCCACCGGUCCGCUGGUAGAUGUGUCUGAUGCCAGACCAGGAACCAGUAAGUCCAACCCCACCGCCCGCCGCACAGCCAAAGCCGGCCCAGCCGCACGAAACCGCUACGCCAGCCAGUGGACCCUGAACCGCCCGCACCCCCCUGUCUCCUCCCACACUCUCAGCACUGACUGGAGGCUGCCCACGCCCAGAGUGGCAGGCUCUGUUGACAAGGAGAGUGACAGCUACAGCGUCAGCCCAUCUCAGGACACAGACCGCGCUCGGAGCAGCAUGGUGUCGACGGAGAGCGCGUCCUCCACCUACGAGGAACUCGCCAGAGCCUAUGAGCACGCAAAGAUGGAGGAGCAGCUGCGCCACGCCAAAUUCACCAUCACCGAAUGCUUCAUCUCUGACACUUCGUCAGAGCAGAUGACAGCAGGCACCAACGACUACACCGACAGCCUGACCUCCAGCACACCGUCUGAAUCGGGCAUAUGCCGCUUCACUGCUUCCCCGCCCAAGCCUCAGGACGUCAGCCGGGUCAUGAACAUGGCCGUACCCAAGGCCCACAGACCGGGGGGCGAGCUGGUUCACCUUCCUCCGUACCUGCGCAUGGACUUCCUGUUAAACCGAGGCAUGUCCUGCUCGGGGUCAUCCAGGGGGACAGCUAGUGGGGAGAGAGCAGCCAUGGGUCAGGCCUGUCUGGAGCCCCAGAAGAGUCGCUCACUGAAGCGGCCCUCUCGUAUGGCGCCCCCAACGCCCACAGAGGCCCCUCAGGCCAGCAGGGACCCAGUGGCCCAGUGGCAGCCUGGCUCAGCAGCCACGCUCCCCCACAGAGAGGGCUCGGAGCUGGCCCAGGCCGCCAAGCUCAGCACCUCCCAGGAGUCCCUGCUGGACUCGCGAGGACAUCUCAAACAGAGCAGCAACCCCUACGCAAAGUCCUACACGCUGGUAUAACAGCAGGGGCACCUAGGGCAGGACUAGAACUCACUCUUACACUGGACUUAACACUCAAGUGCAGUAAACUGAC